ACCCAUUACAUAUUCGCACAAGUGUCGACAGACCUGAGAAUUACCAUUUCUUCAAUAAUCAGCUAUGGACGCAGAUGACAAUAAGCAUCCCCCAAACAACCCUCCGCAGGGAGACACUACAUCCGAAGGUGGUUUUGGUGGCGACCCAUUCUCAGAUGUCAAUCAGCGAGGUUCCGACAAGUACAGCCGUGGUCAACUUGGUCAGGGGAUGGUUGAGGAGUCACAAGCCCCGUCUGCUGAAUUGGAUGAGCAACGAAACAUGCAAGUCGCGAAUUCCGGUGAUAGCUUGAAUCCGUACGGCGAGAUCCCUCAAGAGCCUUUUACUGAAUGCGGAACGGAGGAUCAAGGUAGGGAGACAUUUGAGAAUGCGAGGGGCACAGCUGCAGUGCAGGAUGACCGUGGACGUCAAGAGUAA